AAUAACUGAUUUGAAAAAGUUUAUUGCGGACAUCAGCAGACAUCUCACGGUGUCUUUUGGCAGCAGGAAAUUUUGAAUUGAUUUGAAAUCCGAGUCACCAUGAGAUUAAACUCGCAUUUACAAAAAAGAAAGUUAUGCCGUCACGUCCUGUUUGCCGGAGCAGAGGUUCUUCUCACCAAUGACCUCAGAGGUGAGCCGGCUGAUUGUCUCAUUAUUGGUGAAUAAAUAUUGUCUGAGUGACGUCAGAGCUGCUCACAUAAAGACCUGAACGUCUCACACUGAGCCUCAGCAUCCAGAGGGCAGGCUGAGGUCCACUACCCAGCAUUCUUCAGCCUUUUCAGCGUCCGCCGUCACCAGGUCCAAGUUGUUCAGCGCCAUGGUCAGCAGCAGGAUGCUGCUCCUCGUCGCCUCCUGCUGGCUGCUGGUUGUUGUGGGGAGCUGUGAGACGGCCAAAGAGGAGCGAUCAAUCGAGUACGACGGCAUCGAGACACAAGAGGAGAAAGAACUGAUUGAAGCUCUGCAGGAAGUUCUGGAGAAGCUGAAGAACAAACAGCUGCCGUCAUCAGAGAAGAAACUCGGCUGGCUUCCUGCUUGUGAUGCAGGCGAGCAGUGCGCGGUGCGUAAAGCUUCGAGGAUCGGGAAGCUGUGUGGAUGUCCCAGAGGAACCGUCUGUAACUUCAACGUCCUCAAGUGUCUCUAAAACUCAAGCACAAACAUCCUUCUGUUGGGAAAGCACCAAGUAAAGGCAGGUUUUUAAAAACUCCA